AUGUCUGGGACCAAACCACCCCGUCAGGAGUUUCCGGACUCUGAUCCAGAGGAGAUGACAGAGGUGGUGUGUCUGGAGUCAGACCUGCAGGAUGGACAGAUGAUGGAGGUGGAGGUGGGACAUCACAGCGUGCUGUUGACGCGCAGCGAGGGGAAAUACAGUGCCAUCGGUAACCAGUGCACGCAUUACGGCGCUCCACUCAGCAAAGGGGUUAUCACAGGCCACACGGUGCGCUGCCCGUGGCACGGCGCCUGUUUCAACGUCCAUACAGGAGAUCUGGAGGAGUACCCCGGCAUAGACUGUCUACCCUGCCACAAGGUUAAAAUUCAAAACAGCAAAGUGCUCGUUUCUGUAAACAAAAAGACUCUCAGGCUGGAAAAAAGAAUAAAGAAUAUGGGAACUGCUGUACCAGGAGUUACUCACACUAUUCUGCUGCUGGGAGGAGGAGCUGCGUCGCUGAUCUGCGCUGAGGUUCUGCGGCAGGAAAACUUCGGCGGCAGAAUCAUCAUGGCCACCAAAGACGAGCUCUUACCUUACGACAAAACCCGACUCAGCAAGGUAAUGAAUGUGGAGAGUGACAGCAUUCUGCUGAGGAGGAUGGAGUUUUUCCAUCAGUAUGACAUCGAGGUGUGGCUCAAGAAAGAAGUGCUGUCAGUGGACACAGACAAGAAGACGGUCACGUUUGAUGAUGGUUCAGUCCAGUCCUAUGAUCAGCUUCUGAUCUCAACAGGCUGCAGAGCAAAGGGUCUGGAUGUGCCGGGCAUGAAGUUGGACAACGUCAAGAUGUUGGAGACACCAGAGGACGCGCGACAAAUCCACGCAGCCUGCCUGGGCUGCAACGUCGUCCUCGUGGGAACCUCUUUUGUUGGCAUGGAAAUUGCAUCUUACUUGAUUGGCAAAGCCUCCAGUAUCACGGUGAUCGGCAGCAGUGAGCUGCCGUACCAGAACACCCUGGGCCGGGAAAUUGGCAAAGUCACCAUGAUGAUGCUGUCAGAGAAAAACGUGAGAUUCUACAUGAACGAUAACGUGACAGAGGUCAGAGGCGUGGAUGGCAAGGUGAAGGAGGUUGUGCUUAAAAGUGGAAAAGUUAUCCCGGCAGAAGUUUUGAUUGUUGGUAUUGGCGUCAAACCCAACUCGGAGUUCCUGCGGGGCAGCAAAGUACAGAUGGACUCCAAAAACUUUGUACCAGUCGACAAGUACAUGCGCACCAAUGUCCCUGAUGUGUUCUGUGGGGGCGAUCUGGCCACCUUCCCCCUGGCGAUGGCCAAAAACCAGCUGGUGAACAUCGGACACUGGCAGAUGGCACAAGCGCAUGGGAGAAUAGUAGCUCUGAACAUGCUGGAUAAACCAACUGAACUGAACUCAGUUCCUUUCUACUGGACCGUCCUACUGGGUAAAACCAUCCGAUAUGCAGGCUUUGGGGAGGGAUACACUGACAUUGUAAUGAAAGGAAAGUUUGAGGACAGGAAGUUCCUGGCAUUGUACAUCAAGGGCGAUGAGGUCAUAGCGGCAGCGAGCCUAAACUAUGACCCAGCAGUGUCUGCAGUAGCUGAGAGGCUCGUAUCAGGAAAAGUCAUCACAAAGAAAGAGGCUGAAUCCGAUGACCUGAGCUGGCUGCAGCUGUCCUGA